AGGGACCGCAGCGCAUGCAGGUGUUUAAAUACGGGACAGGUGAGAGUGAGAGGUACGGCAGAUCCUGGAGCUGCGGUCCACACACAGUCCUCACCUGACUUUAGACGGGAACAGUAACCCUACAAAGAUGAUCAAAGCAGCGUUGUCGGUACUCUUGGUCCUGGUGGCCAUCUCCUCCGCCUUCGGGAAAUACAUCCCAAAGACUGGCAAGAGGAUCCCUCAGACUCUGUCCAGAGGUUGGGGUGAUCAGCUGAUCUGGGCUCAGACUUACGAGGAGGGUCUCUACUGGUCCAGGUCAAAAAACAAGCCUCUGAUGGUCAUCUUUCACCUUCCGGACUGCCCACACAGCCAGUCACUGAAGAAGGCAAUGGCCGAUGACGUCGAGAUCCAGAGGACUCUCGAUGAGGAAUUCAUUGUCCUCAAUCUGAUGUAUGAAACCACAGACAAACAUCUGUCUCCUGACGGGCAGUAUGUUCCCAGGAUCCUUUUUGUCGACCCUUCAAUGACCGUGAGGGCCGACAUCAGCGGUCGUUACUCCAACCGCCUGUAUGCCUAUGAACCGACUGACCUCAAGCUCUUGGUCACCAACAUGAAGAAAGCCAAGAAGCUCCUGAAGUCUGAGCUGUGAACACGAGGACGAGACACUCGCUCGAUUUAGGGGCCCUCAUCCAGAGUUUAUCGUCACCGCAGGCGGCGGUAACGCGCCGUCCCUUCAGUUUACACGCCGAGUCCUGAUUCCUGAUUCUUACCUUUGUUAUUAUUGCUGUACAUCCACCAUGUCUUUUAAAAUAAAUAUGGAACUUUUCAUUCAUA